AUGGUCAUGGCGUCAAACUUGCGUAACAUUGAGCAACCCGGACUAAAGUGGGAGGAGGAGCUCUUCAGCUGCGAGCCGAUCUGGACCACGGAGCCCGCUAUCGAAAUCAUCAAGGCGCUCGCUGUGCGACAUCUCAAACUAGAAAACGAAGUCCCCGAUGUGUCAUUUUUUGCCGAAGUACCUACCGUUUUUGCGCAUGACGACGAUUUGCACAGCGAGCUGGGCUUCGAAUGGAUCCUGAUGGAGCGCGUAGAAGCGCAAUCACUUCAUGAGGUAUGGCAAGAGAUGUCAUGGCUCAAGAAAGGCUUGCUCGUCAUGCAAGUUGCAGACUUCAUGGCCCAGCUUUUCCGCAUCGAGCUCUUCAGCAUCGGCAGUCUCCGUCUCUCAGAUCCCGAGCAACGCGGUAAGGAAUCAUUAAAUGACGCCCACAACUUCGUCGUCGGCGAAACGGUCCUACCGCCCUUCUUCAAGAACGACAAUAUCAAACUCGACAUCUCACGCGGCCCCUUCACCAGCACUCAGGACUACAUCCACGCGCGUAUCCAGCUGGCGCAACACUUCGCCAGCAGACUCGAUCUUACUGAUGAAGACGAUCUCGAGCACUAUGAAGACAUUCAAACCGUGCUAUCUGGUAUCCGAACCAUCGCUCCACACCUCAUGCCCGCAAGCCAUGAACAAACUAUACUCUCAAACCGCGAAAUUUCCUCUUCCAACAUUCUCGUAUCCCCUGACGGCUCACUUGUCAGCAUCGUAGAUUGGGAAUGCGUUGCAUUCGCACCUCUCUUCCAAGCCAAACAGAUCCCGCAAUUACUCAAAGGACAAGUGCUCAACGAUGUUCCGGACCAUGAGUCUUCGCCAGAUGCGCUGUACCUUGAGAGAAUAGAGGCAUAUCAGAAGACACGGUUGCGCGAAUUUUUCUUCGAGGAGAUGCAGCGCGUGGAGCCGCGGUGGUUAGAAGUUUACGAAAGCCAACAGAAGCAGCGGGAUAUACUUAUUGCGAUUGACUUCUGCGAGAAUGACCUGCUGGUUAAGCGGGCGAAGGGGUGGGUUGGGGCGGUGCUUGAGGGCAGGGAACCGAAGCUGAGUUUGGGGGCAAUGAGGUGA